CCUAAUGCCAACACAUUCUUAUACUUACUAGUUCUCCAAAUCACGCACCACCCACAUUUCUUGCUCUCUUUUUUAUGCCCUCUUUGAUACAAGCUAAAGUCACAAAAAGCUCUUCAGGUUCUGCAAUGGCGACUCCACCACCGCCACCCUCCUCUCUUCUGACUCAACUAAAUGCUUUCAUGGAGAAAAGUCAAGUUGGAAAACGUUUCAAACUCGCCGAGAGGAAAACCACCUUCACAACGGAGGUUCGAGCCGGGACAGCCACGUUCCUUACCAUGGCCUACAUCCUAGCGGUCAACGCCAGCAUCCUUGCUGACUCUGGUGGCACAUGCAGUGUAUUAGAUUGCAUAACGGUGUGUUCAAACCCCACAAUCCCUCUUGCAAACUGCACCGCUCCAACUCACCAAAUCAUCAAGCCUGACGAAUCUUGUAAAUUCGAUCCUGUUAACCGUGGCUAUGCAGACUGCCUGCAAAAGACACGUAAAGAUCUUAUUGUAGCCACCGUAGCUUCUUCUUUAAUAGGAUGUCUAAUUAUGGGUCUGCUAGCUAAUCUUCCUUUAGCUUUGGCACCUGGUAUGGGCACCAAUGCUUAUUUUGCCUAUACAGUCGUGGGGUUUCAUGGGUCAGGCAACGUACCAUACAAAAGUGCCUUAACAGCUAUUUUCAUUGAAGGGUUAGUUUUUCUCUUUAUUUCUUCUAUUGGGUUACGUGCUAAGCUAGCUAAACUCGUUCCACAACCGGUCCGGAUCAGUAGCUCAGCAGGAAUUGGCUUGUUCCUUGCCUUUAUCGGGCUACAAAAUAAUCAAGGUAUUGGUCUUGUUGGGUAUAGUUCAUCAACAUUGGUCACAAUUGGAGCCUGUCCAAGAUCUUCUCGUGCAAUGUUAGCCCCCGUUGUAAUGAUGGCUAAUGGCACCGUUAGUUUGAUCCAAAACGGCACCAUAUCAAGUGAUAUUAUGUGUCUCAAUGGAAGGAUGGAGAGUCCAACAUUUUGGCUUGGCAUUCUUGGCUUUGUGAUAAUUGCAUAUUGUCUAGUGAAAAAUGUAAAAGGGGCUAUGAUAUAUGGUAUAGUUAUCGUAACGGUGAUUUCAUGGUUUCGUAACACAGCAGUUACGGCGUUUCCUUACACAGAGACAGGAAAUUCUUCUUAUGAAUACUUCAAAAAGGUGGUUGAUGUGCAUGUGAUAGAGAAAACAGCUGGGGCCUUGAGUUUUGAGGGUAUGAGUAAAGGGAGUUUCUGGGAAGCAUUGGUCACAUUUUUAUAUGUUGACAUACUCGAUACCACUGGGACAUUAUAUUCAAUGGCUAAAUUUGCUGGUUUCACCGAUGUUAAUGGAGAUUUUGAAGGUCAAUACUUUGCAUUCAUGUCGGAUGCUGCAUCAAUUGUAGUAGGGUCACUUCUCGGCACUUCUCCGGUGACCACAUUUGUUGAAUCAUCGACAGGGAUCAGAGAAGGUGGACGAACAGGCCUAACAGCAUUGAUCGUGGCAGGAUAUUUUUUUAUGGCUUUUUUCUUUACCCCGUUAUUGGCAUCAAUUCCAGCAUGGGCAGUAGGGCCACCAUUGAUCUUGGUGGGAGUUUUGAUGAUGAGAUCUGUGGUGGAGAUUAAAUGGGAUGAUAUGAGACAAGCCAUCCCUGCAUUUAUUACAAUGAUAAUGAUGCCAUUGACAUAUUCUAUAGCAUAUGGUCUCAUUGGAGGUAUUGCUACUUACAUUAUCUUGCAUCUUUGGGACUGGGGUGAAGCCUUUUUGGGAAAAACAGGGCUUGUCAAAGGAAUGAAAGGAGAUCAUAUGCUUAAUGAGGAAACUAAUGGAAAUGGCCAUGAUGGUAAAGUGCUUGAAGCAGUUUAGAAGGAAGAUUUAUAAAGCAUACAUUGUUUUUUUUAGUUUCGGAUUUUGAAUUUACUGUGGUACGAGAAUAUUGUUCGGAAUCGUAUGUAUAGUUCAUGAAUUUUGAUUUCAAAUCUUAGGCUAAGCUAUAGAAAAAGCAUGAUUUUUCAUGCUUUUAUUGCUGUGCAAUUUGCAGUGCACUGCAAUAACAAAUGUUAAUAAUUACCCCCUCAUGUUAAUCCACUUGUCCUUAAAGUCCAA